AUGUCUAGAAGACAGGAUGAAACUAUCUCUUUAUCAGAAGCAAACGCAAAUUAUGUCGCAUAUGAAGACAUCUCGCGCGCAUUGAGCUCUUACCCCGACACGAUACUUGAGAUCGAAUUACUCGGGAAAAGCCAUCUACUCCCACAAGGGACUAGUCUUCUGCAGGAUGGCCAUUGUAUAGCUGUUCCGAAAUCUAAGCUGCUACAAGCUUUUAUCGUUGCCCGAAAAAUCUUUUUCACGAUUCGUCAAAAUGGCAGGCUGGACGAAGAGCAAAACUUGCGGCACGCCACAGCAGUGAUAUUAUUGCUCGACUCUGAACAUCAAACGGCUGCUAACUCGCGAAAGAGACUCAUACAGCUACAAAUGAGAGAGGACCGGGGAAAAUCUAGGGCUAUCUUGGAAGCAGAAUUAUGUUGGGUAAAUGGAUAUUUAACAUCACACUUACAUCGGCACACAAAAUCGCCUGUUCUGUGGGGGCAUCGUAGAUGGCUUGUCGAGCAGACUAUGUCUUUAGGUCAGAAGCCUAAUAUCUUACAGGACUUGAAAAUGGUUGUUUUCAAGGCUGCAGAGAGACACCCCCGAAACUACUACGCUUGGUCUCACUUGCGGUGGCUUCUAGACCAUCAAUUGGAUUCCGGAAACUCUGAAAAUAGGUGGUCAAAAUUCUUUCCCGAUUUCCAAGAGAUAACCACUAUUGUUCAGGAUUGGUGUUUGAAUCAUCCAUGGGAUACAUCAGGGUUUUCAUUCUUAUUAUUUUUUCUGACCAGAUCCGAGUCAAAACAGCUCAUGAUUUCAGUCUUCUCUGCCAUCUUAAAAGUCACAAUCGCCUACAAUUGGGCUUAUGAGUCUGUCUGGAUGUUUCUCCGGACUAUGGCUACAUUAGAUGAAGUGGAUUUUGGGGUAGAAAGAACAAUAUCUGCAAUCCAGGAAAUCACUCUUGCCCAGCCAGAUACAGUAAACUCUCUGCAGAAUGUACAAAAAUGGUUAUCGAAGCAAAAUCGAUAG